AUGGUAAACUCAUCAGCUUCGAACUCUAGCGGAAGGUACCAGAGUCCUCUGUUCCGUAAGAGGACAGAUCUAUCGAUUUCAAUUGAAAAUAACAACAAUGCGUUUGAGCGUCCAGUGUCUUUAAAAUCUAUCGAUGAAGAUUUAUCCUCGCCAGCUCAAUCUCACCGAAGCAGAGGAAGAUAUCUUUCUCCGAUGUCAAAAAGCAGAGUAAUUCAAAUGGAAAACGAAAUUUAUGACGAUGUACUAAUGCAAAGCAACAAUUCAUUAAUCUAUGAAAGACUAUUUACAGCUAUGGAGAAGGAACGAAGUAAAAUCAUUGAAAAGGAAAGAGAGAAGAAAUGGAACUCACGAUUUCAUCUGGAUCCAAUGCCUUCAUACAAUGUUCUUAAUGACAAACAUGCCAAAAUGUACACCAAUUCCUCUAUUUUUGUUUCAAAUACUUCGUCACGAUCGAGCAAAAAACCUUCAUUUAGUGCUUCAUCGAGCAGAAUAGAGGACAGCCACAAGGUUCAGCCUCGAAAAGUUUCAACUGGUCAACAAAGUCGAAAGAAAAUUUCUGACAAAUCAGUUUUGAGCGAGCAAGGUAACCAAACAAGGGAAAGACCACCAUUAGAACAAAAGAAAUCGUUAGCUGACAUUGAAGCAGAACAAUUCUUUAUGAAAGCAAAGUCACGAAUUCAAAAGCUAUGGAGUGAGCUUCGAGUUCCAGAAGAAGAAAGAGAAAAGUUUUCGAAAAUAUAUCUUUCAAAAUGCAUGAAUGACAACCUUGCAAUCAUUUCAGAGGAGAUUAAGAGGUUAACAGAACAACGAAAUAUAAUUCUAUCUAUUUUAAAAAACAUUGAAAAUAGAGAGCUUCUUUUGGAGACUCUGAACUCGUUGGUUGAGAGAUAUGGAGAUGAAAAGAUAUUUAGCAAACAUUUAGUUGCAAGAGAAGUGAAAAACAUUGCUGCUUCACUCCGACUUUGUACUUUAGACAUUGUUGAAGCAAUUGUACAUUGGAGAAAUAUUUUGCAAGCUCCAAAACCUUUCGUUUGGAGAUCAAAGAAUUAUCUGCUUAAAAUCCAAACGGAUUUAGAUUUCUUUUUGAAGUCUUCACUUGUUUCAUUACUACCCAACAUUAACCCUGUAAAGAAUCCAUUCCUAAUGAGUGGUGUGGAAUUUGGCAUCUCUCCCAAGGGCUCACAACUUGCCGAUAAAAAGAGCCAGCUGUCUCCAUCAAAUGGCAAUAGAAAACGACCAAAGUUCGAUCCAUCUCCUUAUCUUAAUAGCGCAUCACUUCCUCCUUUGUCAAAACUAAGACAGAGCACUCCUGGUGACAACGAUCCGCUACGAGAAAGAAUUUUGUUUGCACAAUCUGUAGUUUUUUCAGAAGGUAGAGACUCAGUUUAUGAAAGCAGUGACGAAUAUCCAGAACAGCGAAACAGAGAUCCAAGCAGUAAUGAGAAGGUCACCAUAACACCAAUGUUAGAUGAAUCAUCCCAGGAUAAGGAGUUAGAAAGAAGAAUGAAAGAGGGAACAUGA